AUGUCUCGACUUAGGAAUAGUGAAAAAUGCUAUGAUGUAAUACGCAUAGGUCCACAAGCUUUUCAAGGUUUGUGUGACAUUUUACGGAGAGAUGGUGAUCUUCAAGACACACAGCGUGCCACAGUUGAAGAGCAAGUUGGCAAGUUUCUUCACAUGCUAGCACAUAAUCAGACGCAUCGUACAAUGUCCUUCUUUUUUUCUCAUUCUCGUGAGACCAUUAGUCGCCAUUUUCAUAACGUGUUAAGAUCAAUAAUUAUGCUAGAGGAUCAAUUCCUUCGACAACCUGAUGGAACCCAAGUGCCACUUGAAAUACUACAAAGUAUUAGGUUCUACCCAUAUUUUAAGGAUUGUAUUGGGGCACUUGAUGGAACACAUGUUCGUGUCAAAGUGUCUAAUGAGGAUGCACCAACAUAUCGAGGUAGGAAGGGUUACACAACACAAAAUGUGUUGGCAGCAUGCUCAUUUGAUUUAAAAUUCACAUAUGUAUUACCAGGUAAAUAUUAUCUUGUUGAUGCGGGAUACAUGAAUAGAAGUUGUCUUAUUGCACCUUAUAGGGGAGUGCGUUAUCAUUUAAAAGAGUACUCUGUUCGUCCCCUUGAAAAUGCUAAAGAAUUUUUUAAUUUGCGACAUGCAUCAUUGCAUAUUGCUAUUGAAAGAGCAUUUGGUGUACUUAAAAAGAGAUUUCCUAUCAUAGCAAGUACUACAGAGCCUAAUUAUUGUGUUGACACACAAAAUGAAAUCAUUUUAGCAUGUUGCAUACUUCAUAAUUAUUUAAUGGGUGUCGAUCCUGAUGAAAGUCUUAUUGCUGAAGUUGAUGAAGAGGUUUUGCAUUCUCAUCGUGAACGUGUGGCCCCUACUUCAAGAGAAGAUGAUGAGGAUGCUAGGCAAGGAGAUAUUAUAAGAAAUUCUAUAGAAUUAGCCAUGUGGCAAAACUAUGUCCAAAUGUGA